AUAUCAAAACAGAGUAUUCAAUGUCAUUUGCUCCGGGAUUGCAACAUGGCUACCUUGCAUGAUGCGUUUUGUAAAAAAUGAAAUUGCGUCAAAUUUACUGUUUUAGUCAUAGUUUUGUGACUAAAAACUAAAGUGAAUGCUUGGAGAAACAUCACGCCUAUGUAGACAGAUAAAAAAAUCGACAAGUCAAGUUUGCAUUCUUAUGCAAAAUCACUUUAAUUUACUCUCAAGUUAAAAAAUCUCAGCAAAAUGGCGGAUAAAAAAGGGAAGAUCUCGUCAGAAUUUAUAGAACAGAAACUUAUUCUAUUCAAUAGUAGUCAGGAAAGUGUUCAAGCAAUGUCCCUUUGGAUAAUGCACAAUAAGGCACACCAUAAGAAGAUUGUUGAUUCAUGGAUAAAAGUGUUGCGAAAGAGUGACUCGAAACACAAGUUGACAUUGUUUUAUCUGUGCAAUGAUGUUGUUCAGCAUGCUAAAAAGAAAAAAGCAUUGUAUUAUCUGGAGAACUUUAAAGAUAACUUGCGGGAAGCGGUACAGAUUGUAAGAGAAUUUGAGUCAAUUAAACCAAACAUUGAGCGCAUCUUUAAGAUAUGGGAUGAAAGAAGGACAUACGAUGCAAAGUUCAUCAAGGAACUUCGAAGUCUUAUGGAAGGUGGAUCAUCAAGUAAAAGCUCUAGUGCAAGUGGUACUCCGGCCCAAGUUUCCCCAGUGGUGUAUAAGCCAAGCAGUAAAGAGCUGAAAGAGAAACACAGGAAGGAAAAGGCUAACAAAGAUAGUGAUAAAAUUAUUGCCAAACCAGUUGAAGAAACCCCAGAUAUAUCUGGUGAAUUUAAGCCUCCAUCAUUUCUGGAUCAAAUAUCAUCAUUAAAGAAGUUUGAAGGGGAUGUUACUCUGAAAGCGAAACAGUUAGCAGCCCUCAGAAUUGAUGCAACAAAUAUUGAGGCAGUGAAACAGCUAAAAGAUCGUUCCCAUGGCAAUGAAUUUUGUCGCCAAUUUGAGGAGUCUUGUGUGAAGAUAGAAGACUAUGUUGCAAUGUUGGAAAAAGAAAUACGCCAGCGCAGGGUAGUCCUGUCAAUGUGUGACAAUGCUGAAGAUUUCUAUUGUACCCAGUUUGAUGAAGCUAAAGUUGUGGCAAAUGCUUACAAAAACUUUGGUGCAAGGGUGACAAAUAUGAAAAAACGUGUUGAUGACAUGAAAAAGAUUAUACCAUCCACACCGAGCCCCAUGCCCUCGCCGACAGCCGACGCCCCUUCCCCUGGUAACACUCCGCCACUGCUAAACAUGGAUGAUAAUGAGACGGUGGAUAUGGAAAUUUGUAAUGAAGAUUCAGAGGCAGCUAAACAGCAAGAUCCUGUGCCUAUAAUGCCAGGUCGUGCUUAUACAGCGAUGGUUAAAUCAAUUGGUCAACCAAUUGCAAGUCUAACUAACAUUGUCGUGGGCAAGACAGACCAAGUAUCUAAACCUGAAGCAGAAACUGGUAAUCAAGGCAUGCUAGGUGGAUCUUUUCAAGGAACUAAUAUCCUGGAGUCAAGAAUUGCUACAAUGCUGCCCAAUCUAGCUAAAGGGAAUAGUAACAUGCCUGGUAUUACAGCCCAAGGUCAACCACCAGAUCUGUUUAAAGCCGACCCUCCUGCCAUCAAGGUACCAGAUGUGUACACGCCUCCACCCAGGUUGAACCCGCCUCCACCACAACCGGUACCACCUGUUCAACCAGUUGAGCCAAUAGGGGAUGAUGCUGGGUCUUCAACUCCAGUCCAGGAUGAGCAGGAGGAUAAAGAACCCUCACCUCCACCAAAAAUUGUGCCGCCACCCAAACAGGAAACCAAAACCAAAACAAAUCCAAUUGACUUUCUUAGUCAGUUGUUAACGAAAACAAGUAGUUCUUCAAGCAGCUCUAAUUUUCUUCAGACUUUGUCACUGUUAACAAAUACAGUGAAAACACAAUACCAAAAGAAACAAAGUGAGGAAGCUGAAAUUCCGAAGCCAGAGGAAGAUCCUAAGCCUCCUUCCCCAACCUUCUCUGGAGGGUUAACAGGCCCUCCAAAAUCAGCCCCUGCAGAGUUUUCUGGGGUCCCGCCUCCAGUACCAAGUACCCAGGCUAAUUCAUGGUCAGGUUGGAAACAAGUUAAUGCUGGUCAACCUGACCCUUCAUCCCCUCCUGUAAUCUCCCAACCUAAAACAACAGAUAUGGCUCACCAGCCACCUUUACCACAACACCCUCUUCCCCCUGAAUCUUUACCAUCCCGCCCUUUCAAUAUGCAACCCCCAUCUCCACAAGAUUUCUCCCUUCCUCCGCCAUCAAUGAGACAAAGUGUCUCUCAGUCAUUCAUUAAUCCCCCACCCCCACUGCCUCCACCACCAUCAAACAGUCAACAGUUUUUACCACAGGUCAGUUCAAGUCAACCUGUAGUUUUAUCAGCUUCUGUAGCACCAACAAAUAUGGUUCCACCUCAACCAGGAAUGCCAUUCAAUCCAAAUGUACCAUUUGGUGUAGCACCACCAGCAUCAAACUCUGGACCUAUUCUCUUGUCACAAAGGGGUCCUCUUGCAGGACAGCAACAGCAGCUGAACUCAGCUCCUCGUUUCCCUCCUCCACAGCAGCCUGUACAAGCUCCUAGGUACCCACAAACUCUAAAUCAACAUCCAACACAAGUAUCUAGUUACCCUCCUCCCCCUUCCCAGCCCCCAUUUGCUAGGGUGCCCUUUGCUCCCCCACCACCUCCCCCAAAUUCUGCCGCUCCUUUGACUUGGCAGCCUGAAAAUUCUAGGGCUCAAAACCAACCAGAUGAAAACUAUGGUAACCAAAUCUCAUCAGCUUCUUUACAGAGAGCAGAUUGGGAAAACCAAGGUGAUUCUGGUUUUAAUGAUUCUAACUGGGAGGAAAAUGUAGGGGAUCAAGGUAACCAGUCUGAAGGUUAUGCACAUCCAUGGGAUCAGCCUCAGAAUUAUGACGAGGAUGAUGAUGACAAUGAAUUUGCUGACGAGAUGUUGGAGACAACACUGCCUCCAGCACCAAAGAAAAGUAUAUUGCGCAACAAUCGCAAGUCCUCCCUGCGAGAAGUAACCUUAGUAGAAGAAACAUCUGGCCAGGCAAACUCAUUUGCAUCCUCAUUGGACACAAGUCCAAACUAUAAUCCAGUUAUUCCUCAGACUCGAGAACAUAAACCAGUGGGUAUCUUGAAAAAAUCGCCUGCUGAAAAUAUACCGGUAACAAAUCAUGCUGACAGUACGCAGUCUGAAUUCAUCAACAUUCUUAAGCAAAAAUCCGGUGCAAAUGCAAAUUUUCCGAGUGCACCGCCAUCAAGUAGAAACUUAACAACAAUAUCUACAGCUGAAUCACAUCACUCGAGAUAUGAUUCAGAAAGUAAUUUUUCUAAUAAUCAUUCAAAAGGGGAGCCUAUUAGUACAAUAGGUGUGUUAGGUAGACCAUCAUCUGUUAAGUCAGAUGAUAUGGAGUUAGAUAAUGAAGAUCAGGAAUUUGGAAAUAACGGUAAUGUUGACAAUGUUUGGCAACCUGAAAAUGACUGGAAUGUUAACCAGGCAAACAAUGAAGUGCAGGAAAGAAAAAGAAGUGAAGACUUUGAUAACAAUCGUGAUUUUGAGUAUCAGCCAGAGUAUGAUAGGCAUGAAAAUUUUGCAAGGAGAAAUGACUUUGAAAGGCAUGAAGGUUUUGAAAGGCAUUCUGAAUUUGAUAGACAUGAUAAUAAUGGUCCGCCACAUGCACCACAUUGGCAAGAACAAAGGCCAUGGCAGCAUAGGCCUCAGGGGCCACCAGAUUAUGGUGGAUUCAGGCCAAGGGGUGGAUUCCCGCAUAGACCAAGAUUUCAGGACAAUUUCAGGGGACCAUCUCCGGCUAAAAGGCCUUUUUUCUCCCCGAGGCAAAGAAUGCCUUAUAAUAGGUUCUGAAAAUUAGUAUCGUUUUUAUCAUUAUUUUCAUUCAUAUGUCAAAAACUCAUUUUUCUUGUUGAUUUUGUUAAAUUCGUAAUGUUAAUAAGCCUCUACUUUUCCUGAAGAGAAGAUUGUGUGUUAGCAAAUUUUUAACAUUCAUGCAUUUAUUUUUAAGUACAUGUGUUUCUUUUGUGACAUUUGUGUGAUGUAUUAAGAUGGUAAAAGGGGCAUGAAGUUAACAUACCAGACAGAAGUGAUUUCAAAUGGUUUAUUUUUUUUUUACUCUCGAAGAAGUGCUGAGUAUAUCACUUAAAAUCAAAAGAUAAACAAAUACCUUAUAAGUUAGUAUUUACUCAGUUAUAUUGAGUUUCUAUACAUUUGUACAACUGUUUCAGCUUAAUACAUUUAAAUUAUUGUUAAAAUUGAACGAAGAAGUAAUUAUCAUGUCAGACUCUUAUCAUGAAGCCAUAAUGGUUCUAAAAGAGGAUUUUCAAGGUUCGUUAAAACACUAUAUUUGCUGUUUUAUAUAUAUGAUUUAACAAUUAUCCCUAGUUUAAAUAGAUGAAAUACUAGAGUGUUACCUCUACCACAGUAUCAGUGAUCUCUUUGUAUUGUGUUUGUAGCAACAAUAAAUAGUGUGUAGCAAUAUUCCUGUUUGACCAUUCUGAUGAAAGUUUUCUGGAGAAUUACUAUUCAGUAUCAAAAAGUUGUAAUAAUGUACAUGUAUGUGUUUUGUAUGAAUAGAGAGCAAGGUAAUACUUGAUAACAUAGAAAUUGUUGUACAAGAUUUCAAAGUACCACAGCAGACUGAGCAGUGACUUAAUAUGAAUAAUUGGGAUGAUCUUGUUCUGUUUUAAAUUUAGGAAUCUUCCUGGUUUUCAGGGGUUCAGAAUCAGAAUAUAAAGAUUGAGCUGCCAACAGGGAAAGAGUCUGGUUGGAUUGUUCACACUUUGCAACUACCAUUGCUCUAUGUUAUAAAGAUAAGUCAUUAUUGCUGUGGUCACAAUUAAGGUUAAUUUGGAGAGAAGUCGUCCUAAUAUUAAGAUGUUAAUUUGGAGUGCACAUAAUUUCAGGUGUAUAAAUUUUGUCCGACUGGUCAAAUACGACUAUGAUUUUAAAUUCAUUUGUUCAUACAAUACAUAUUUUGUGUAAGAAUUUCUUUGUAAUUUUAUUUGUUGUUAUUACACGUUUUUAAAGAAUGAAUGUGUAUUUGUUUUUAUAGCAGCAGAAUUACUUUUACAAAAUUAUUGAUUUUCUUUUUGCUUCAGUCAUUUUGAUAAUUUUAAAGGGUUACUUUAUGGGCAAUUUCUUCAUAUUACAUCAAAACCUUUGAAUGUAUAUUUGUUAAUGCAGCUAAUUAUUUUUUUCACUAUGUGAAAAGAAUGUACACAUGAUUGAUAAUUAUUAUAUGUUUAGUAAAUCUAUUUCCAGUUUUUUAAUUUUUGAAAAUUAUUUGUUUUAGAAUAGACAGAUCCCAAGGUUUGUCUGUUGAAUAUGUCCAAAAUGAAAUCAAUGGUCAAUACUGAAGAGAUUUAUUAAUUGUUAAAUGUAACAUUGUGAUCACUCCUUAAUGUAAAAAAAAUAAAAUAAUGUGGCCAAUAUGAUGUCAUCCCCAUUUUAAAUCUGUGUAAUAAACAUAUCUUGUUAUUUUUUUCUGGACCUGUUUAAUCUAAAUGGGGUUUCAAUAUCAGAGUGAAACAGUAUAGAGUCUGGUCAGAAGGCACAUACACACAGGUUGGCCUGUACUGGUUACCAUACAUCUUUAAUAUAGGUAAAUUCUGAUAAUAUACUUUGAACAUACAUGUACACAUAUAAUUGAGCCACAUCACGACAAAACCAACAUAAUCUGUUUGCAACCAGCAUGG